ACUGUCAACUGCAUCGUUUCAUAUUUACAAUAUUUCAUCAAAGAGGAAAGUAUUUUAGUAGUAUAUUAACCUGUAUUUUGAGAAAACAAAAACAGAAGAGAUCCACUGAAAAAGUUUAUUCGAUUCGCAUUGAAGCAUGAACAUUUUGAAGCGGGUCUUACUGCAGCAGAUAACCUUAAAAGGUGAAGUCGCAAGAAGUGUACAUCGAAUGCAAUACCUGCAAGUCCACAAUUCACACCAUGGAAACCGUUUAUCUCAUUUGACAAAAACUCUACAGCUUGAAUCGAUUGCACCAAGUAAAUGCAGUCACAUAGAAACCAUAACAAAUCGACAGUAUUCUUCACAAACAGCACGAUCCAAAUCGGACCCAUGGUGGAAAAAGAUUUUUGGCAAUAUGAAAACGUCGAAAUCGAUUUUAGAAGGAAAAUCGAUGUUGCUGUACGCACAAGGAGUCGAUCAAUUGAAUCAUAAUGAUUUUGUUGUCAAAUUUCAAAUGCCGAACACAUUCAAUUCGUGGUUUUUGAUUACCGAAAUUCAUGUAUGGAUGUUAAUGGUGCGCGCAAUGGCCGAACGGGAAAAUGGCCAAAUCAUUCGUAAUGGAAUUGUGGCCGCAUUGUGGACAGACGCAUUGGAACGUUCUAAACCAUUGGCACCGGGCAGCAUGCGACUGAUUAAAAAGCAAAUCGAGGAAAUAUCCGAACAAUUUCAGUAUGCAAUAGUCGCAUAUGACGAAGGGCUCACAACAGAUGACAAACAAUUGGCCAGCGCUCUGUGGAAACGGUUUUUCGAAUCCAAUUGCGACAAUUAUGAGCACAUCGAGUUGCUCAUCAAAUAUAUUCGGUAUAAUAUUGCCCAUUUGGACAAAAUGAAUUCGCAGGAAUUUUUAGAUAAGCGAAACAUCGAUUGGCCAUCGCUGAACGAUCUCGAAAAAGGAAAACUAUAAACUUACAAGCGACUAUGUAAAUAAAAAUCGUAUUGAAUAAAGUAGGAUACGUAUAAUAUUCAA